AUGUCUGGUCAAAUUGAUUCUAAUUUUGAGGAUGAUGUUGAUUUUGUGCCAUCAACUACAAAUGAAGUACAAUCUGUUAGCAAUACAGUAGAUGAAACUCAGAAUCAGAGAAAAAGAACUUCUCGUGCAUGGGAUCAUUUCACACGGGAAAAAAUUGAUGGAAAAAUUAAAGCAGUUUGCAAGUAUUGCGAGCGUAAGCUGGUGGGAGAAAGUUCUAGUGGGACUAGGCAUUUAAAUUCUCACGUGAAAACGUGUCCUGUAAGAAAGGCCCAACUUGCCGCCAAUCCUAGUGCAACUGCAAGCCCUUCGGUUUCUUUUAAUUUUGAUCCUGAUUUAGCAAGGACCAAAUUGGCUCAAAUGAUCGUUAAGCACGAAUAUCCCUUGUCUAUGGUUGAGCAUAGCGGGUUUAUAGAAUAUUCAAGCACUUUAUGUCCCAUGUUUCAAAUGGUGUCAAGGAAUACAAUUAGGUCAGACAUUAUGAAAAUGUAUAAAACUGAGAAAGAAAAGUGCAGGCAAAAUUUGGAAAAAAGUAGGAGCAGAAUAGCCAUAACCAGUGACAUGUGGACUGCAAAUCAUCAGAAGAGGGGAUAUAUGGCUGUAACAGCUCAUUUUAUUGAUGAUUCUUGGAACUUACACAGUCAGAUAUUGAGUUUUAAGUAUGUUCCGUGUCCUCACGAUGCUCCAGCACUACUUGAGGCCUUAAGAUCUUGUCUUAAUGAUUGGAAAAUAGAAGACAAGAUCAGUACAGUGACUCUCGAUAACUGUACUGCCAAUGAUUCCAUGAUUGAUCUUUUGAAAGGACAAUUUGAGCCUGACAGUUUUAUUUUGAAGGGAAAGUUGCUACAUGUGCGUUGUUGUGCACAUAUUUUAAAUCUAAUUGUCAAAGAAGGCUUAUCUGUCAUUGGUGAUAUUGUUGACAAAAUUCGAGACAGUGUUGCUUAUUGGUCGGGCACACCAAAAAGACAUGAAAAAUUUGAAGACACUGCUCGUCAACUUGGAGUACCAUACACCAAAAAAAUAUCACUUGAUUGUGUAACGAGGUGGAAUUCAACUUUUCUAAUGCUUAGCACAGCUUUAUCCUACAAGACAGUAUUUGAACGUGCAAGGCUGCGGGAGUUGCGUUUGAGGUGUGCCCCUUCAGAAAUUGAUUGGCAAAAUGCUCAACAAUUGUGUGAUAAAGGUGCCUUUUAUUAA